AAUGCAUUUUGUCGGAGUUUUGUGACCGACAACCUAUUCCCAGGGUAUCGCGAUCGUAUAUAAACUCUAGCCGAUUUGCCAAUGCAAAUUAGAUUCGAGCAAUCUAGCAAAAUGUUCAAACUAGUGGGAAUUGUCCUUGUUCUCUCUGUUCUCGUUCAUGAGAAUUUGGGAGCUUUGAUCACCCGUGCUGCUUGGGGGGCUCGUGCACCCAAUUUCGUGUCAAGGUUCAACGGAAUUAUUCCAUAUGUUGUGAUUCAUCACUCAUACGAACCAGGAGUAUGUUACAACACCGACGCUUGUAAGGCAGCCAUGAGGUCCAUGCAAAACUUCCACAUGAACACCAAUGGAUGGCCCGAUAUUGGUUACAGUUUUGCUGUUGGUGGUGAUGGUAAUAUCUACGAAGGUCGUGGCUGGAACGUAGAAGGUGCUCACACUCCAGGAUACAAUUCCCGAAGUGUUGGACUUUUGUUGAUUGGUGAUUUCAGGACUGCCUUGCCACCAGCAAACAUGCUUACUGCUGCCAAGAACUUCAUUGCUCAAGGAGUUAACGAAGGAAGGAUUUCAGGAAGCUACAAGUUGAUUGGACACAGACAAGCUUACGCUACUGAAUGCCCUGGUGAAAGGUUGUACAAUGAAAUCAGGACCUGGGCUCGCUGGACCGCAAAUCCUUAAAUGACAUACUCAGUCAUGGUUUUUAGAUCGCAGCAAUGCUUUGAAUAAAUGAAUAAGUAAUUAGCAA